GACCAAUCAAGGUGAACAGAUCGGGCCCCACCCCACCCCCACACUGGCAACUUGUGGAGUGGGCGGGGCGAAACUUCUGGCUGCCUAGGCUGCGGUAGGCCGCGUCGAUCUGGAGCUUCCGGGCGCUUGGCGCUAAGGAGUGCCCCUCCUCCCCACCACACGCCCGGUGUGGGCGGUCCACAGGUAGCAGAGCUGGGCCUGGAACCCAGCCCUGAGGGCACUCUGCAGCCCAGGAGUCUGCGAUAUCCUCUCUCCCCUGUGGGAAGCCAGAUGGUACGCCCAGGAUGAUGGAGACCAAGGACCUGGUGCAGCUGCGGCAGCUCAACCUGGAGCUCCUGAGGCAGCUGUGGGCUGGGCAGGAUGCUGUGCGGCGGUCGGUGGCCAGGGCAGCCUCAGAGUCAAGCCUGGACUCCAGCAGCAGCUACGACCCACAGAUGCCAUCGUCCCAAAGGACAUCCCCUCUGGUCCUGAGAGCCUCCUGCCCACGGGAUGCCCACCAAGGUGACCCUGGUGAUAUGUCCUCGCCUGGCAGGGCCAGCUCUGUGGUGAGCUCUCUCCCACCUGCCAAGUGCCAAUACCAGGAGUCCCUGAGCCCACUGAGGCCCUGCUCGGCCCCCUUGCUGGCCACCUCAGACUCGAGUGAUCCAGAGUAUUCCGCAGAGCUGGAGGCACAGGCCCGGAUGUCCAUCCUGGAUCAACAAAGCAAGCUAUCCAAGCCAAGAGUGACCUUCAACAAGGAGUCUCCAAUGCCUGAGGAGAGUUGGCGCCUCAGACCAUACCUGGGCUACGACUGGAUUGCAGGGUCUCUGGACAACAGCUCACCCAUCAGCAGCAAGCCCGAGGCCUUCUUCUCGAAGCUGCAGGAGUUCCGGGAAGCCAACAAGGAGGAGUGUAUUCACACUGAUCCCGAACCCCAGUUCCUAGGCCCGCGGGAGAGCUGUGGUGUCAAGGAAGAACAUGAAUGCGUGUACUGCUACCGUGUCAACCGGCGCCUGUUCCUGGUGCCUUCAGAUCCCAGCACCCCCUGCCGCCUGUGCCGGGUACCACGGGACCAGCGGGGCCCUGAGACCCUGGCGGCGCCAGCGCAGGUCAGGGUGAGCAUCCCACUGUCCAUGCUGGACCCCCCCCACCAGUACCGCAUCCACCGACGGAAGAGCUUUGAUGCCUCUGACACGCUGGCCCUGCCUCGGCACUGCCUGCUGGGCUGGGACAUUCUACCUCCGAAAUCUGAGAAGAGCUCAGCCCCCAAGAGUCUGGACCUCUGGUCCUGUGUCGCUUCCGAGGCCCAGCACCGGAAGCUGUCAGCCACCAGCCCUUCCCACCUGGUAUGGUCCCAGGUGACUUGGGAGGGGCACAUACCUUGGAGCAGGCCUGGGGACUGCAGAGUCCUGGGGGCAGGAUUGGGACGGAGAGUGUAGAGCCUGGCAGUGUCUCUCUGUAGCCCCUACCGUCCCACCCUGAUCCACCUUCCAGGCUCCACCGGAUACCCCACCCCACCCUGGAAGGUGACCCCAACUCUGAGACCCAGAAGGGCAUGAGACUGGAACUGGGGUGACAUGCCCCCAAAGUGGCCCCCUCUGACACCUCCUUAUUUACCAUCCAGGGCCUGCCAACACGGGUCCCGAUCUGGUCAGAACCCCAGGUGUCCCGGCGCUGCGCCUCCCGGCUGAAGCCCUGAGGACUGGCCACUUGGAGGCCAGUGCCCCUGCCAUCGCCUCUAGCUUUUCCCCUCUGGCAGGGGCGCUCGCUAGAGGGGAACCCUCCCUGGCCUCAUAUGGACUCAGGCCCUACCCUCCUAGGUUGUUGUAGGUGGGUAGGCCCAGGCCUGUCUCCUUCCUGGGGACAGACAGAGGAGACUACAGGGUGAGCAGUAAGGGCAUUGUGUGACAUGUUUGUAAAUAAAGCUCGGCACUGUCUGCAGCUCCAGAUUCCCAUGUGUGCUGGGUCAUCCUCUGCCGCCCUCAGUUCCUGGAGGUUCCCUGGCCUCAGCUGCCCUCCCCUCACCUGGGGAAAGACACUUUUGAUGUUCUGCACUGGGCAGGGUGGAUCCAACUCGCUGAGCGUGGCUCUUUGUACAGUUCCCUACUCUGGGUAGAUGGCCUCCCAGGUGGGGGUGAGGGUCCCCAAGACAGGCUGAGGCCAAGGUCAGUGGUAAAAAGCCAUCUCAGCGAGGGGUUUGGGGUCUCAAGCUGUCCCCUGUAGAUAAGGCUGAAGUUGUGACAGUGGGGAGUGAGUGAGCUCUCCCCUUCUUGGUUCCUGACACUGGGAUCCACUCAUAGAAGGCUCUCUUGAAGUCCCUAGGCCAGGAGGCUCCGCCCCUCUCUAUAGCCCAGCCCUAGAAGCCAGGGGCGAUCCAGAGGGAUCAGAUGGGGAAACUGAUGGCCAGACAGAGAGCGGGAGUAAGGUUGGCAGACAGCCCAGCUCUCCCCUCCUGGAUUAACAAGUAGCAUCUGUCUCCCCAUAGACUGAACAAUAUGAAAUUGAUGUUUUUCUAAGAUAAAAAUGGAGAACCAUAGCCCAGAGAAAGCACGUGCUUCUUUUGAGGUUUCUCAGCUUAG